AGUAGUUUGUGAGUCAGAAACUGUUUCUGGGUGGAGUCGGGAUCGCUCUCCACUCUGGCCCGUUUAACACAUUCCUGUCUGGCUGGAAUGCAGUGAAGGGAGUAAAACACCAAAACAAAUCCUCCAGUCGGGCCUGUUCGACUGGCUUGGUCUGUCGAAUCAUGUUUUAAACCAGUGGACAUUAAAACGGCAGAUGGCUUGGUCGCAGAUUCAACCACCAUCUCACCCCAAAGGUCAGAGGGCAGCUGGACUGGAAGAGAAGGGAGGCUGGGAGUGGACCAGUAAACCGAUGAGGGAGGAGAGGGAGGAUGGCGAGAGAGCAGCAGCAGACAACCAGCAACAAUGGACGACUCUCAAUAGUUUAAUAGAAAUCCUAAGUGAAGCUCAGCCCGGAGGCAAGUUUUGGUCCCAGACUCUGAAAACUUUCUGCUGCUUCGCCCCGGUGGCUGCAGUGUGGUUUGCCUGCCAGCUGGAGGCGCUGCCGGGCCCCGCUCUGCCGGAGGAGGACGCAUGCUGCAGGCUGCUGUUACUGUGUUUACUGUGGGCAGUUCUGGCUGGAAGUAUUUACGCUCUGAAAGGCUGUCUGCAGCCAGAACCGAACAGGCAGGAACCUCCACAGAGGAAACAGCAGCUGGUUGAGCCUGAAAUCAGCAAAAAUCUGUACUCAUGCCCGCUCUCCGGGCCGCCCCCGGUUUGGACCCCGGAGGCCUCGGUUCCUCUGACCCGGGCCCUGACCGACAGUCUGCUGCUGUGUGUGCUCCAGGAGCCGCUGCAGGACCCCGCCGUGUCCCACAUCGAGGCUCUCCGCUCCAGGCUGCAGGCGGUGGCUGUCACCCUGUAUAAGGUGAACUUUGGCCCGGAGGCGACGCUGGAGGAGGCGGGCCGAGGCUCCGCGCUGACGGACAAACUGAAGCUGCUCUGCGCCUACCUACAGCAGAGGACGGCAUCCCUCCAGGUUCUGGUCCAGGUCCAGAGCGACUUUGAGUCCAGCGUUGAGGACUUGCUGCAGGGUCUGGACGGGCUCUGGACCCAGCUGGAGGAGCUGCACACUGGAGUGACACUCACCAAAAACGACAGCCAGGGCAGCAGAGACCUGACUUUGGUUCAGGAAGACGCCGAGAGCUUGGUGUCAGUGUUGGCUCAGUACCGGACCAAACUGCACUCCUGUCAGGCUCACCUGAAAGGCUGCACACAGCUCCUACAGGAACUAACCUGGAGUCACGCUCACAUCAGUACCAAGGUGAACAGCAGCUGCGAGUCCGUCUGGGCCGAGUUUUUGCUUCAGUCCAACAUCGAACAGUUUGACAAAGUUCAGGAGAAUUUCAGCUCUCUGGAGCAGCAGACUGCCACCUUUAAGACCCACCUGGAGGGACUUGGAAUAGACCAUCAGGAUGAACCUGUCGGGCCGCUCGCUGCUGCUAACAGAACUGAUGCGGUUCCCUCCCUGCCAAACCCCCUUCAUAUUGUGGAUUUGCCUCUGAGGACCUCAACCCCCAUAGGAACGAAGAAAUACUCCCAUUUAUCGCUGCGCGAGAGGUCGGCACUCAAGUUCUCCUCCACGAUGGGAUGCUUACCCAAACCUGGAAGGAAGAAAUGAUUUUAUUUACCUGAAAGAUUCAGGUUUCAUAAUUAGAACUGCUUUAAUUUAUAAAAUGUUUUGCAGAUGUUGAUCAUCUGCUGAAUGCCUCUGAAUUAAGUAUUUAUUUUUAUUUGUUUACUUUGUACAGGAUGCAGCUUGUGUAUAUUUCCAUCUAUAACUCAGCUUCAGUGAUGUCAGCUUAUCAGCAGGUGCAGAGAAUGUUUUGAACACUAGAGGGCAGACUUACACCGGAUGUUACAACAAUGCACGGCUUUGUUCUGGGACAGUCAGCAUUUCUUCAAGACUAAAGCGGAAAAAGCUUUGAUUAAUUCUUUUUAAAAAUUAAAAAAAAGAAAAUGCUAUUUGCUGAUUUACUCUAAAAACACAGAAUGAGUU